CCAGGCACAGCGAGUGUAUGAUAACGCCAUCCUCUUCAUUGUACAACUAAGAAUUUACACCACAGAUCACAGGCUGAGGAUGAAGUCUGCACGGUAGUCUUAAAUUAAUCAAAUAACCAUUUGUCGUGUCAGAAAUGCUGUGCUGCGUCCCUCUCUGCGCGCGGAGUGUUCACGAACGCCCAGCCCAAGGCGAGCUGCUGCUGCCUACUUCCUGGAUCCACAGCAACAGAUGAACAGGCUGGUUGGCAGGAGCUUUUCAUUCUGUCCUGGUUAAACACAAGAAAAGCUUCGGGUUUUCACUCCAACAUCGUCGGCUUGUGUUGAGGAGUGUCGCCGCUCUGCCGCGAUGGUGGAGACUCCAGUUGGCUGUCUGUUCGAAGACAUCCAGUACGAAGACAUCGAAGUUGAAGCGGCUGUUGGCAGAGGAACAUUUGGAGUUGUCUUCAAGGCCAUAUGGAAAGGAAAGGAUGUAGCAAUCAAGACCAUUGAGAGUGAGAAUGAAAGGAACGCUUUCCUUGUUGAGCUUCGCCAGCUUUCCCGGGUGAAUCAUCCCAACAUUGUUAAGCUGUAUGGCUCUUGUGACAACCCAGUCUGUCUCGUCAUGGAGUAUGCAGAAUGUGGUUCUUUAUAUAACCUCCUACACAGUGCAGACCCACAGGCCCACUACACAGCAUCCCAUGCCAUGAGCUGGUGUCUGCAGUGUGCCCAGGGAGUUGCCUAUCUGCAUGCUAUGAAGCCAAAGGCCUUAAUUCACCGGGACCUCAAACCACCAAAUCUGCUCCUCGUGGCUGGUGGCACUGUGCUGAAGAUAUGCGACUUUGGAACAGCGUGUGAUAUUCAGACCUACAUGACCAACAAUAAAGGCAGUGCAGCUUGGAUGGCACCAGAGGUGUUUGAAGGCAGUAACUACAGUGAAAAGUGUGACGUGUUCAGUUGGGGCAUCAUCCUGUGGGAGGUCAUCACACGCCAGAAACCCUUUGAUGAGAUUGGUGGCUCUGCGUUUUGCAUAAUGUGGGCUGUCCACAGAGGUACACGGCCUCCUCUGAUCAAAGACCUUCCAGGGCCCAUAGAGACUCUGAUGACCCGCUGCUGGGACAAAGAACCAAGCCAGAGACCGUCCAUGGAGGAGGUCAGGAACACCAUGAGCCACCUCAUGAAGUACUUCCCAGGCUCUGAGGAACCACUCAAGCUCCCUCACCAGUCUUCAGCCAACAGAGCUGUUUCAUCAGCCACAAGCACGGACUCGUAUGCUGAUUAUACCAUCAACAGUAAUAGAAGCGAUGACAACACAGAAAACAGAAACUCACUUGGCAGAGAAGAAACUCUGAAAAGCGUUGAGACCAAAUUUCCACUUCAGUUCAAACCCUCAAAGGCAGCCACGUUGCGAACUGGUCUGUCUAGGGUGUCCAGUGUAGACAGUCAACCAGGAUGCUCCCAAAGCCCCACCCACUGCACCAGCCCUCUAAACACCACCAGCCAGUCAGAGCUGAGAAUGACAUUUAGUCCCACAGCCAAUGGUUUCGACAACUCCAUUCCCAUGGCCUACCUGAAACUGGAUCACCAGUUACAGCCUCUGGCUCCGUGUCCAAACUCCAAAGAGUCCAUGGCUGUGUUUGAGCAGCACAUCAGGAUGGCUCAGGAGUACCUCAAAGUCCAGUCAGAGAUCACUCACCUUGUUCGGAGGAAACAGGAGCUGAUGUCUGAGCUGGAACAGGACCAGAGGGAGCAGCAGACCUCAUCCAGACUCAUCCAGGAGCACAGCAAGCUGCUGGAGGACAACAGCAACCUGUCUGCCCACUGCCAGGGCCUGAAGAGCAAACUAAGCCUGAUCAAGAGUCAGAACCAGCACCACAGCUAGGGCAGGAGGCUCCUUUUGUGGUUUUAACUCUGUUCUCUUUCUCUGAAGGAUGAGAGGAGUCACUCCAUGAACUGGCCAUAAAGUUGGGAAGCCCAUUAUCCUGAGAAAACAAGAUAUUUAAAUGACCACCAAACAGUGUCUCAAGAUAACAGCAGAAUGAAAUCAUUAGUAGGCAUUAAAUUCCAAUAGAAAUUCAAGUGUUACAUUUGUGGUGUUAAAUAUAUCCACAGUGGGCAGCUAUCAAAACAUUUGGACAUAUUUGUGGAAAAGCGUCAAAGCCACGACCCCCUGAGAGGGUGCUUCCCAUGACUGGCUGGAGUUAAAGGAACAUUCUAGUAUUUUUCAAUCUGGGUUUUAUUCUCAUAACUGUGGCCGUUCUGAUUGUGUGUGAACUUUACACUUGGCUCUGUUAUAGAGAUUUUUUUACAGAAAUCAUUUCAAAGGCACAGCUAUUGCACUAGCUAUUGUAGCUAACUGCACAGUGAUCUACUUCCAGGGCAAAUAUCCAGCUAACCACGCUAGCUUGCACAGCAUGCCCUGAUAAAAAGUGCAUUGUUUGGCUGGAGUUGUAUUUACAGAACAUGAAGAAUACAAAGUCAGCAUGACCCACAGUCAGAAAGACCACAGUUAUGAGAUUAAGAGCCAGGAUGAAAAAUACUGGAUUAGGUACUCCACUCUAAUUACAGUAUAGACAUUUUCAGUCUGUACCAAAAAAUCUUUUCCCCUGGGAAACACCAAUGUGGAAGGCAUUGGAAUAUUCGAACAUAUCGAAGUAAAAUAUACAUUUAUUACAGUUUUGACCAGAUAUCUUCAAAUCAAAUAUUUGACAUAAAAUAAAUGAGCCCCAUUCGUUAUUUUGAGGUACUGAGAUAAUUCAGUUGUGGGAGAUAAUGAGCCUAAAGACUAGUAGCUACCACAUCCUCUCUGGGGCUCUGUAUAUUUCAUGAUGGGGUUAAUUUCAGUCUUUCACAAUGGUGUUGAUACGGUGCGACCAAAGAGGUUCUCACUGAAAUAGACAGUCAUCUCCUUGUGAGGUUUAAAGAUGACUUGCCUUUUAGCUAGUGAAUUUUAUUUAAGUGUAUUUUCUUUUUUGAAUUGUUGAAAAGUAACUACAGGUGUGAUGUGUAAAUUCUUACUUUACUAUAGAUUCAGUGUAUCACACUCAUUUUAUUGUGUUUUUAUGAAAAGAGGAUGGCACUGACAGUUUGGGCAGUAUUAUUUUAAACCAAUUUUACUGUGAAUUCAAGACUUGCCAAUAUAAUUCAGCUAGGAGCAAAACAAAAGCUUUGUGGAAAAGCUGUUUGAAAUGGAAAUAACCUGGCAGAAAAUUUUCAAUCUGUUUAAUUUCUAUUUUUUUAGCUACUUUUCACACAGUUAUAUUUCACAGAAUUAUAUUGACAUUUUUCUGCACUGCACUUCUUUGGGUUAAAGAAAUCUUCCACGUGUUGUGUAGUGUCACGGUAGUUUGGUGAUUUCUAUGUUACAGUGGGUCACUUUGGGAUGGAUUGUUGUUUAAAUGCAUUUCUUUGCCUGAGUACAGUAAAUGUUUUCAUCUGUUUAUUUUAUGAAUACUUUUGAUUGAUGCCUAAGAAUCAUUGAAACAUUUCUCUGUGAUUUAAAUGCACAGACUGCAGAAUGCUUUACAUAGUAAAAAGAGUUUGUAGUA